UCUCUCUAAUGUAUAUGACUCUAUCAGGAUAUAUAUACCUCUCUAAUGUAUAUGACUCUAUCAGGAUAUAUAUAACUCUCUCUAAUGUAUAUGACUCUAUGAGGAUUCACUUUUGACCAUUUUACAUAUUUUAUGUACUGUUGUUUAGGCUGGUUGAAUGAGUUGUCUUUGAAAGCUACUUCAUCUGCAAGGAAACAGGCGGCUGCACCAGUGACUGUGUCAGUUGCUCUAAAAUGAGUCUCUCUGGGGAGAGAGAGGGGGACCCUCCCUCUAAAAUAAGACUCCCCGAGGAACAUGACACCAAAGCUAAGAGACCAAUCCAGCAGGAGAGACCAGCCUCCCCUGUACCCAGCUGUGUGUCCAUGAAGAGUGACCGGUCUAUGGAAUAUCCUAUACGGUUUAGAGAGGGAGACUUUUCUACUGAACAAAGUCCAAUCAAGCAGGAGAGACCAGCCUCCCCUGUACCCAGCUGUGUGUCCAUGAAGAGUAACCAGUCUAUGGGUAAACCUAUAGUGUUUAGAGAGGGAGACUUUUCUACUGAACAAAGACCAAUCAAGCAGAAGAGACCAGCCUCCCCUGUUCCCAGCUGUGUGUCCAUGAAGAGUGACUGGUCUAUGGAUCUACCUAUAGAGUUUAGAGAGGGAGACUUUUCUACUGAACAAAGCCCAUUCCAUCAGGAGAGACCAGACUCACCCAGCUGUCUGUCCAUGAAGAGUGACGGGUCUAUGGACGUUUUCUAUGAUUGCGAAGAUGGAGACUUUUCUGCAUUUACAGGACCAAUCAAGCAGGAGAGACCAGCCUCCCCUGUUCCCAGCUGUGUGUCCAUGAAGAGUGACUGGUCUAUGAGUCAACCUAUACAGUUUAGAGAGGGAGAUUUUUCUACUGAACAAAGAAACCAACAGGAGAGAUCAGAGUCAGAGAUUCUCAGUGGUCAGUCUUCUCAGAGUCAUCAAACAGACCUGGCCUCCAUAUUCAGUUUGCUUGAAGAGAACAUCGUGACAUUUGUUAAGAACGAGCUGAAGACGUUCAAGAGGAUUCUUAGUCCAGAACUCCCAGAAGGCUUUGAGAGUCAGAAGCAGGAUAAGGAAGUGGUGGACGCUGAAGAUGAGAAGCAGGAGAGCAAUGCCAGAGAGGGGGCUCUGAAGAUCACACUGCACGUCCUGAGGAAAAUGAACCAGAAGGAGCUUGCUGACACACUGGAGAAAUAUUCAGGUGAGCUCGCUGUGAUUUGCCAACAUGAACUCAAAUCUAAUCUAAGGAAGAAGUUUCAAUGUGUAUUUGAGGGGAUCGCUAAACAAGGAAACCCAACACUUCUCAAUAAGAUCUACACAGAGCUCUACAUCACAGAGGGUGGAACAGGAGAGGUCAAUAAUGAACAUGAGCUGAGACAGAUUGAGACAACAACCAGGAAACAAGCAAGACCAGAGACUGCAAUCAAAUGUAACGACAUCUUCAAACCCUUAACUGGACAAGACAAACCUAUCAGAACUGUGCUGACAAAGGGAGUCGCUGGCAUUGGAAAAACAGUCUCUGUGCAGAAGUUCAUUCUGGACUGGGCUGAAGGAAAAGCAAAUCAGGAUGUCCAAUUUGUAUUUUCAUUUCCUUUCCGGGAGCUGAAUUUGAUGAAAGAGGACAAACACACUUUCAUUGAACUUCUCAAUCACUUCUCAAUGGAAACCAAACAAUCAGGAAUCUCCAUCUACAACAAGUUCAAAGUUCUGUUCAUCUUUGAUGGUCUGGAUGAGUGCCGACUGCCCCUAGACUUCCAGAAGAACAAGAUCUGUUGGGACGUCACAGAGUCAACCUCAGUGGAUGUUCUGCUGACAAAUCUCAUCAGGGGAAAUCUGCUUCCCUCUGCUCUCCUCUGGAUAACUACCCGACCUGCAGCAGCCAAUAAGAUCCCUUCAGGAUGUGUUGACCAGGUGACAGAGGUACGAGGGUUCAAUGACCCACAGAAGGAGGAGUACUUCAGGAAGAGAUUCAGUGAUGAGGACCUGUCCAGCAGAAUCAUCUCACACAUAAAGACAUCAAGGAGCCUCCACAUCAUGUGCCACAUUCCAGUCUUCUGUUGGAUUUCUGCAACAGUCCUUGAACACAUGCUGGAACAUAAGAGAGAAGAGAUGCCCAAGACUCUGACUGAGAUGUACACACACCUUGUGGAGUUUCAUACCAAACAGAUUAAUGAAAAGUAUCUUGGGAAAGAAGAGACAGGUCCACACUGGAAUAAAGAGAGCAUUCUGUCACUGGGAAAACUGGCUUUUCAACAGCUUGUGAAGGGCAAUCUGAUUUUCUAUGAAGAAGACCUGAAAGAGGUUGGCAUUGAUGUCAAUGAAGCCUCAGUGUACUCAGGAUUGUGCACACAGCUCUUUAAAGAGGAAUGUGGUCUGUACCACGACAAGGUGUACUGCUUUGUUCAUCUGAGCAUUCAGGAGUUUCUGGCUGCUGUAUAUGUGUUCCUCUCAUUCAUCAACAACAAUGAGAAUCUAAUGGACAAACUGCAAACAAACGACGAGCCUGAAGUUACUUUCUACAAGAGUGCUGUGGAUAAAGCCAUACAAAGUGAGACGGGAAACCUGGACCUUUUCCUCCGCUUCCUUCUGGGCCUCUCACUGGAGUCCAAUCAGAAGCACUUACGAGGUCUCCUGACAAAGACAAGAAGCAGCUCACAGAGCCAUGAAGAAACAGUCAAGUACAUCAAGGAGAAGAUCAGGGAGGAUCUCUCUCGAGAGAGGAGCAUCAAUCUGUUCCACUGUCUGAAUGAACUGAAUGACCAUUCUCUAGUGGAGCAGAUCCAAAGCUUCCUGAGAUCUGGAAGUCUCUCUAGAGCCAACCUGUCACCUGCACAGUGGUCAGCUCUGGUCUUUGUGUUGCUGACUUCAGAAAAGGAGCUGGAUGUGUUUGACCUGAAGAAAUACUCCAGAUCAGAGGAAGGUCUUCUGAGGCUGCUGCCAGUGGUCAAAGCCUCCAGAGCUGUUCUGUGAGUAAAUAAAAUGACAUUUAAGAACUAAUCAUCAGGAAGAAAUAUU